GAGAUCACCAUGUUUGUUUAAUCCACUCAUCCAUAAUUCCAUAUCCCUCUUGGAGGUACCAGCGUGCAAAGAGAUCACCAUGUUUGUUUAAUCCACUCAUCCAUAAUUCCAUAUCCCUCUUGGAGGGCAUCGCCCCAUCGCGUUCGCGCCGCCUAAAUUGUGUUGUGCAUCAGACCGACAAAUGCAUCAGAUUCACCGGACCGUCAAUAGAAUCACGACUUGUUCAAUAAAAAUAGGCAGCACAAGUCAGUUGGUCGCUAGCCAGCCUCCUUAUCUUGAACCCCGCAGAGAAGGUAGGUACACGGACACAUCUCGCCAACACAUCGCAAUUCGGCAGCAACCGCAGCCCAAGCAAACGGAGGCGAUGGGGAAGGAGUUCGGGAGCAUGGAGGAGUUCUGGGGGUUCUACCUGGGCCAGCACUCGAAGCCGGCCACGCGGCGCUGGCACUUCGCCGGCACGCUCGCCUCGCUGGUCUGCGCGCUGCUGGCGGCCGCCACCGGCCGCGCCGCGCUCCUGGUGGCCUGCCCCGUGCUCGGCUACGGCCUGGCCUGGUACAGCCACUUCUUCGUGGAGGGCAACCGGCCGGCCACCUUCGGCCACCCCGUCUGGUCCUUCCUCUGCGACUACCGCAUGUUCGCCCUCAUCCUCACCGGCCGCAUCGACGCCGAGCUCGCUCGCCUCCGCAUCCACCCGCCGCGCCCGCGCAUCGCCUCCGACUGAUCGAUGCGCCCGUCUCUUCGCCGUCCGUGCCGUGCCAACAUCAAUCAAUCAAUAAAAAUCCCGCGCACUUGCAGGUGUGUAGGACAGUAGGAGUAUCUGUCUACUGAGGUUCCUGGUCUAUGUGUACUUCCUGCGCAUUUCAUUUCUCUACGCACGGAAAAAUACUAUUACUACCAUGUGUCUUUGCCUCUCGUGAAUUAUGAUUGCUCUAAGGCCUUUCUCUUC